UGUCUUUCAUCCCCUCAACCCUAUCCCCCAUUCAUCGGCUGACUUGAACUUCAGAGUUCUUUCACCCAGUCUACGGCACGUAAGGAAUUGGUCUCAUAUUUCACCACUUAGACUCAUCAAAAUCAUAUCUUUUUGAGUUUUGCGCAGUCACGCCAAACACUCAACUUCUUCAAAUCAUAACUCGGGUGGGAAUUGCGGGGCUUCCAGACGACACCCAUUGAAACACCAUGAUUCAGGGUAUUUUCUAUGCCCGCUUCCUUCCCCAAGAAGGCACAAAGAUUGUGGCUCAGUCACCGCCCGGCUGCAUUGUUCCAGUCACAACCCCGGGUCCCAAUACGGCUCCUGUUCCCUCGCAAACAAUCAGCAACCUCAAUGCUAGCAUCACAUCUUCCUCAACGACGCCUGGCACCUCAACAACCACACCCGCCAUAAAAUCUCCAUUAUUUGACUUUGCGGUCCUGUCCGAGUACAUCAUUCCUAGGGAGCCGUUCCGCAACAGGUACAUCACCGUGACCGACCCAGACAACAAAUACCUUGUCCUUGGUUUCCCUGUUUCUAUCCCAGACCCCCGGUAUCACCGCAAUGAGUUCAUCUUCAAUUUUGGUCUCGUGGUCGAUCACGAUGUCGAUCAGGUUCCUUAUGAGAGGGUUGUUCGACGGCUGGCGAUUACCUUUGCGGAAAUGGAAAGGCAGAGCGGGUAUCUCAGCCAAGACCAGACUAAGGCCCAGGGAGAGUGCGCGUGGGAAGAAAGGAGGGACAAGAUUGAGGAUGGGGGCUUCUUUUUGACGAGGAGGCCGAUUGAGAGUUUGUUGGAGAUCAUCAAGGAGGAUUUGAAUAAUUAUGGAGAGUGCAUGAUCCCCGUUGACGACGCCAACACCAUCAACAUGAAGCUCUUCCCUUACCACCCCAACCCACCAGAAGUCAAAAGCUGGCACGUCCCGGUAGCAAAAAUGAAACUCGCCGACAUCGUCGACCCAACCUGGGACCUGACCCUCCAAAAGGUAAUCGCCCACAUCGACGGCGUCUCCGACGUCCGCCGAAUCGCCUUCCAAGCAGACGUCUCCCUAGAACUAACCCAACUCGCUCUCCGCCACCUCCUCUACUACGACACCAUCCUCCUCCUCGACAUGUUCUUCUUCUCCUCCUGCUACGCCCCCCGCCCCGGAAUCCACGAUUUCAUCGCCAACGUCGACGGCAUGGUAGAUGAAUGCGCCAAUUACGUCUGCGUGGGCGCACUGAGAAUUAAUUCCAACGACAAUGACAAGUAUUCCAACCCCAGGUCGUCGUCAACCACCACCCUCAACAACUCCUCCGCCAUGAACUCCUUCUCCACCACCCCUCGAUCCUCCUCCCACCACCUCUCCACCUCGCCCAACAAUUUGUCUCCAGAAACUCACUCCCACCACCCCACCUCCCCCUUCCACAACCCAUCCUCCUCCUCCUCCCUCCUCUCCAUCGAACGAGACCACCGCCUACCAAAUUAUAUACUCAUCAAACUAAUGACCACCUUUGCCCCCUCAAAAACGGUAAUGGAGUGGCUAAAAAUGCACAUGGACGCCGGGAUAGACGUCCUCAGAUACGUCGACGUCCGGAGGUUGGUGCAGUUUGGUGUGAUAAAAGGUUGUUUGUACCGUGUUCACAAGCAUGUGGUGUCGAAGCAGUAUCUAGCCUCGUUAGCGACGGGUCAAAGUAGGAGGUUGACUGAACGGGAGGCCGCGGCUAGGGGAGGCGGGAGAAGGGAUCCGCUGCAAAAGUACACGGAUGGGUGUCAUUGUUUUGAUGAGAUCAUCACCGAGAUGGACAUGACGGAAGCGGAGGUGAUGGAGCGGCUGAAGGGGUUCAGGGGGGCGCCGGCGGGGGAUUUGACGGUGCUCCAUCGCUGAUGAUGCGAGCAAAGGGAUGAUGUAGGCUUUUGGAAAAAAAUGAUCAGAAAUCUCUGGGGGGAAAUACUGAGAAGGUCUAGCAGCGAGGAGGCCUACCUAUUUGGAGUAGCAAUCUUUCUUUUUUCUUGGUCCGCAAACGUAUUUGGAUUGGAGCUUUUUUAUUUACCUACGUUUCUACCUGCAACACUUCAUCCGGGUUCAUGUGCACACAUACAAUAAUGUACAACAGAGUAUAAUGCAUCUGAUAUAAUACAAGCC